UAGCGGGAGCGUCGGUUUUCCCUUCCAUACUCAACGGCUGCCAAACUAAGAAUGAGGUUAGAGAGGGCGCAAGGGCGGUGGGGGAAGUAAGAACCGCGCUGCUGUUUCGCAACUCAUCUCUCUCCUUCUCAUAGAGGUCUAAUGGACAGAACCGAGAAACGUUUGUCGGAUAUUCAAACGUUUCAGCCAUUAUUUACGCCAUCUUCAGAGAUACCAGCUUAUCUGAUAACCGAAUAAACCGCGGGAAAAGUGGUUUAAAUCGAUCGGCGCGAACGUGCGGAUUUUGAACAGUUCGAGUCGAUACGGUUGAGAAUGUGUGUCGCAUCAUCUCACGAAACGAUCACAUGUAGAAGGCAAACAAACAGAACAAAGUGAUAUUGUCAUAUAAAUUAUUACGAUACAGCGGGUGUUUGUGGCUAUUUUUAGGCGGAACGAUGUUUUAAGAACACCAUGAAGAUCAACAAGAAAUUGCUGCCAAUAAAGACCCACUACUUCUUUUUUAUGGCAGCCAUGGGUCCCAUACUGCCGCAACUGUCGGUCUACGGCAAGGAAAUGGGCAUAUCCACCGUGGUAAUGGGCAUGGUAACUGGGAUACUGCCUUUCGCCUUCCUUGUUGCCAAACCCCUGUUCGGACUACUAGUGGACAUCUACAGGGAUUUCAGGAAAGCGAUUUUUAUGAUGCUCAUCUUCACCAUGACCCUGUCCUUCGCUCUGAUCGCCCUCGUUCCAAUGUCCAAGGACACCAAUCGCCUUGUCGUCCAAGGACCUGUGCAGGAUUACUUCUUGGAUACAUGUAAAUCAAUAGAUUUCAACGUGACCAAGUGCAAAAACAGCGCCAGAUCGGUGAUUUGUACCUCAGAAUGCUUCCACCACCCCGACGACUUCUUAAUAACCGUCUGCGAUGUUGAUGGACUAUUGAACACCACGGAUGACUCAAUCUUGAAGCUCUGCUCUCCAGACGACGAGACUUACCCGUUCUUGGUUGGAAACCGAAGUUGUCCAGUGAAAUGCAUGGAAAACCUGGAUGCUGAUAGUGCUCUAUAUCACUCCAUAGCGUUCUGGAGCUUCUUGAUCCUCAUGUCCGUUGGCACCAUUGCUUUUAAUGUUGCCAACUCGAUUUCUGAUGCCAUAUGCUUCGACGUUAUUGGUGAGGAGUACGACUAUGGAAAACAAAGAGUAUGGGGCACCAUUGGGUUUGGAGUGACCGCCCUUAUAUCCGGAUAUAUUGUGGAUAUAUUUUCCGACCAGUCAAUUUCUUAUGUUCCAGCCAUAGCUGUCAUGGUGGUGUUUUCUGUUAUAGAUUUGCUGUGCUGCUUUAAAUUGAAAUUGCCUAUUAUCGAAGCUCCUAAGAACUUAUUCAAGGAUAUCGGAAGGUUACUCAAUAACAGGCAUGUUAUAACGUUUAUAGGUUAUGCCGUCCUGGUGGGAGUACUGGACGGUUUUAUAAUCUACUUCCUGUUUUGGUACGUCGAAGAUCUGGCAUUGAGUACUGACGUGAAGAAUAUUAAAUUAAUUGAAGGACUGAUUGUUGCAGCUGAGACUUUGGGUGGAGAAGUGAUUUUUUUUUCUAUAUCAGGUAAAAUUCUACAGAGAUUCGGCCACGUCCACUGCUUCAGCAUCUGUUUCAUCAACUACGGUCUACGGCUCGGACUCAUCUCCCUGGCCCCAAGUCCAUGGUGGAUCCUACCGAUCGAGUUUGUCUUUCAAGGUCCAACAUACGCUUUAACUUACACCACAGUCGUAGCAUAUGCCAACGAACUCGCACCACCUGGAGCCACUGCUACGAUGCAAGGCAUAGCAGCUGGAAUGGACGAUGGUGUCGGUUAUGCCUUUGGAAGCAUCCUGGGUGGGAUCUUAUACAAAUACAUCGGAGGUAAAUACGCUUUUCAGGCGUUCAGCUGCUUGGCAAUCCUCUGCAGUGUAACUCACCUGAUUCUGCACAAGACCUGCCUGAAGAGAUACGAGGCGCCAGUUUCGCUCGAUUGGAAGGACGAGGUCGAAUACAAAAGUCCGAAGGAGGCAGUCGAGACCACCGAGAGAUAACGUUACGUUUUUGUUAACGUUUAUUUUUUUUUAUAAUAUAUUAUUGUGCUAGUUAUAA